GAGUUGCUGGGAUGGUCCGGGCGGCCGACCAAUCACGAGGCCUUGCACCCGGAUAUGGUUGGUGGGUUCAGAAACCCGGCUCCUAAGAAGUGGGGGCUCUCUACACGUGGGGCAGGGACUGUGGGCGCGGAGGAAGGGGUGAGUGUGUAUUAGGUUCAGUGACUCAUGCGUGCGUUUGCUCUGUAAGGGCCAUCUCUUUGGGUUUUCAGUGGGGGAACCAAUCAAUGUGGCUGUGUGUCUGUGGAAAGAAUCCCACUGCAGUGGCCCGGAGCCCGCGUGUGGGUGAGCCCCUCAGAUGGUCCAUCGCAGGGAGUAGGGAGCCUUGAAGACGCAGCUCCGCGGUGGCAACAUGAACCUCUUACCUAAAAGCUCCAAGGAGUUUGGCUCCGUUGACUAUUGGGAGAAGUUCUUCCAGCAGCGAGGAAAGAAAGCUUUCGAGUGGUAUGGAACCUACCUGCAACUGUGCGGGGUGCUACACAAAUACAUCAAGCCCAGGGAAAAGGUGCUGGUGAUUGGGUGCGGCAACUCAGAGCUGAGCGAGCAGCUGUACGACGUGGGCUAUCGGGACAUAGUGAACAUUGACAUCAGCGAGGUCGUCAUCAAGCAAAUGAGGGAGCGCAACGCCAGCCGACGGCCCCAGAUGAGCUUCCUGAAAAUGGACAUGACGCAGAUGGAGUUUCCUGAUGCCUCGUUCCAGGUGGUGUUGGACAAGGGCACCCUGGACGCUGUCCUGACAGAUGAGGAGGAGAAGACCCUGCAGCAGGUGGACAGGAUGCUGGCUGAGGUUGGCCGUGUCCUGCAGGUGGGCGGUCGCUACCUCUGCGUCUCCCUGGCUCAGGCUCACAUCCUGAAGAAAGCAGUGGGUCACUUCUCUCGGGAGGGGUGGAUGGUGAGGGUGCACGAAGUGGCCAACAGCCAGGACCGGGUGUUGGAAGCAGAGCCUCAGUUCUCCCUGCCUGUCUUUGCCUUCAUCAUGACCAAGUUCAGGCCAGUCCCUGGCUCUGCCCUUCAGAUCUUUGAGCUGUGUACUCAGGAGCAGGGCAAGCCUGUGCGGCUGGAGAGUGCCGAGCGGCUGGCCGAGGCGGUGCGCGAGCGGCAGCAGUAUGCCUGGCUGUGCAGCCAGCUGCGCCGCAAGGCCGGGCUGGGGAGUGUGUCCCUGGACUUGUGCGAUGGGGACACGGGGGAGCCACGCUACACCCUCCACGUGGUGGACAGCCCCACUGUGAAACCAUCGCGGGACAAUCAUUUUGCCAUUUUCAUCAUUCCCCAGGGCCGGGAGACUGAGUGGCUUUUUGGCAUGGAGGAGGGCCGGAAACAGCUGGCAGCCAGCGCAGGCUUCAGGAGGCUGAUCACAGUGGCCCUUCACCGAGGUCAACAGUACGAAGGCAUGGACACCAUCCAAGCCGAGCUGUCAGCUAGAGUCAUGGAGCUGGCCCCGGCUGGCAUGCCCGCCCAGCAGCAGGUGCCCUUUCUGUCUGUGGGUGGGGACAUCGGGGUCCGGACCGUUCAGCACCAAGACUGCAGCCCCAUGAGUGGCGACUACGUCAUCGAGGACGUACAAGGUGAUGACAAGCGAUUCUUCCGGCGGCUGAUCUUCCUCAGCAACAGGAAUGUGGUGCAGUCCGAAGCCAGGCUGCUGAAGGAUGUGUCUCACAGAGCUCAGAAGAAGCGGAAAAAGGACAGGAAGAAACAGCGGCCUGCUGAUACUCCUGAGGACCUCCCUGCGGCCCCAGGGCAGUCCAUUGAUAAGAGUUACCUGUGCUGUGAACACCACAAAGCCAUGAUUGCCGGCCUUGCCCUGCUGAGAAACCCAGAGCUACUCCUAGAGACUCCGCUGGCAUUGUUGGUGGUAGGCCUGGGUGGGGGCAGCCUCCCCCUCUUCGUCCACGAUCAUUUCCCAAAGUCCUGCGUCGAUGCCGUGGAGAUCGACCCCUCCAUGUUGGAAGUGGCCACUCAGUGGUUUGGCUUCUCCCAGAGUGACCGAAUGAAGGUCCACAUUGCAGACGGCCUGGACUAUAUCUCCAACCUGGCGGGAAGAGGAGAAGUGCGGCCUCACUACGAUGUCAUAAUGUUUGAUGUCGACAGUAAGGACCCGACGCUGGGAAUGAGUUGUCCACCCCCAGCAUUUGUGGACCAGCCUUUUCUGCAGAAGGUGAAAAGCAUCCUGACUCCUGAAGGUGUUUUUAUCCUCAACCUCGUGUGCCGAGACUUGGGGCUCAAGGACGCAGUGCUGGCCAGACUCAAGGCAGUGUUCCCCCUCCUGUACGUGCGGCGAAUCGAGGAUGAAGUGAACGAGAUCCUGUUCUGUCAGCUGCAGCCUGAGCAGAAACUUGCCAUGCCAGAGCUCCUGGAAAUGGCCCAGGCCUUGGAGCGGACCCUGAAGAAGCCUGGGAGGGGGUGGGAUGACACAUACGUCUUGUCAGAUAUGCUCAAGACCGUGAAGAUUGUGUGAUCGCCGAGGCCAGGCAGCCCUCUCAGCGUCCUGCCUAGACUGACCUCGGACUCCUGGCCUGCUAGAGAUGGAAGAAAUACAAUGCACAGUACUUUUUAAGCCUGUAUUUUUCUUGGUGUCAUGCUCAACUACGUGUAUGUCCAGCGAGGUGAGGUUGACCAAAGAGCUGGGAAAAUAAAAAAACCCUUCCCAUCUUGUCCUCUUUAGUACCCCUUGGGUUGCUCAUCUGCUUUCUGUACCUUGUCCUUGAGUAGGAUUCCCUGCUGGAGCCUCUAGCACACACUGAAUUUCUUAAUGAGUAUGAGCCAAGCUCCUUAGGACUAAAGAUAAUCAAAUUUGAUUGCAUCUGUACUUUACUAAUUUGCUUAUUUGCUUUAUCCCUCUUGGUUUUGUAGGAAUGAUCUCAAGUGAGAUAGUAGAACACUCUUAUGCUAGAAGACUGUCAGCAGAGUAGGGUUUUAAUAGAUGUGAGAUAUUUGAGAGAGCAUCUGCUCUGUCUCAGAGCUACCAUUAAAAUGGUUCCAAUUUUCAGGAAUCUGAUAACCCACUCCAGUGUUUUAACAACUUUUCUUGACCACCCAGAUCUUGUAGCCUAAGUCAUUUGUUUCUGUUCUCAGUGGAGGGAGUGUUUGUAGCUGGCCUCAUGGCUGUGUAUGGCAGAGACCUGGCAGACUGAAGUCUCUGGUAUUCCUUAACUCACAACAUUUGUUGAGUGACAGCUACUUGCCAGACCCUGCAUAAAGAGCUAUGGUGGAGACGAAAAUGUUUAGGAAUGGCCAAAAGACAUGGAGUGAUAAUAAAAGUUAACGUGUUCUGGACACUCUUCUAAAUGGUUUACAUACACUGUCUCAUUUAAUCUGAGAAGGAUAGUUAAACCAAAACUUUAUCUAAACCCAAAUCUUACUUGAGCCAAAGCAUCAAUCUUAAUCCAUGCAUUGAGACUGUUAAACCAGUGGUUCCAAGA